CCGGGCUGUCAGUCUGAGCGCGGCCAAGCACGGGCCGAAGGGCCCGCCGGGCCGGCGCCGCUAUGGCGGCCGUGUUUGACCUGGACCUGGAGACGGAGGAAGGCAGCGAGGGCGAGCCAGAGUUGAGCCCCUCGGACGUGUGUCCCCUUGCCGAGUCGAGGGCGGCUGGCCUGGAGCCUGUGGGACACUGUGAGGAGGUGGAGCUGACUGAGACCAGUGUGAAUUUGGGCCCUGAGCGCAUCGGACCCCACUGCUUUGAGCUGCUGCGUGUGCUGGGCAAGGGGGGCUAUGGCAAGGUGUUCCAAGUGCGAAAGGUUCAGGGCACCAACUUGGGCAAAAUAUAUGCCAUGAAAGUCCUGAGGAAGGCCAAAAUUGUGCGCAACGCCAAGGACACAGCACACACGCGGGCUGAACGGAACAUUCUAGAGUCAGUGAAGCACCCCUUCAUUGUGGAACUGGCCUAUGCCUUCCAGACUGGUGGCAAACUCUACCUCAUCCUCGAGUGUCUCAGUGGCGGUGAGCUCUUCACGCAUCUGGAGCGAGAGGGCAUCUUCCUGGAAGACACGGCCUGUUUCUACCUGGCAGAGAUCACACUGGCCCUGGGCCAUCUCCACUCCCAAGGCAUCAUCUACCGGGACCUCAAACCUGAGAACAUCAUGCUCAACAGCCAGGGCCACAUCAAACUGACAGACUUUGGACUCUGCAAGGAGUCGAUCCAUGAGGGCGCCGUCACCCAUACUUUCUGUGGCACCAUUGAGUACAUGGCCCCUGAGAUUCUGGUACGCAGUGGCCACAACCGGGCGGUGGACUGGUGGAGCCUGGGGGCCCUGAUGUAUGACAUGCUCACUGGAUCGCCACCCUUCACUGCAGAGAACCGGAAGAAAACCAUGGACAAGAUCAUCAAAGGGAAGCUGACGCUGCCCCCCUACCUCACCCCGGAUGCCCGGGACCUUGUCAAAAAGGCCAGUCCGCAGGAACAUGGAGGAACACACAGUCAAUGCCUCUCCCCCAGACAGACCCUCACCCUCUGCCCUUGUCUGCAGUUUCUGAAGCGGAAUCCCAGCCAACGGAUCGGGGGUGGCCUUGGGGAUGCUGCUGAUGUGCAGAGGCACCCCUUCUUCCGGCACAUUAUUUGGGACGACCUCCUGGCUCGCCGCAUCGACCCCCCUUUCAGGCCCUCUCUGCAGUCAGAGGAGGAUGUGAGCCAGUUUGACACCCACUUCACGCGGCAGACGCCAGUGGACAGUCCCGAUGAUACGGCCCUCAGUGAGAGCGCCAACCAGGCCUUCCUGGGCUUCACAUAUGUGGCACCCUCCGUCCUGGACAGCAUCAAGGAGGGCUUCUCCUUCCAGCCCAAGCUGCGCUCCCCCAGGCGCCUCAACAGCAGUCCCCGGACCCCGGUCAGCCCCCUGAAGUUCUCGCCCUUCGAGGGAUUCCGGCCCAGCUCUGGCCCACUGGAGCCCAUGGAGCCCCCUCUACCUCCUCUCCUGCCGCCACCGCCACCACCCUCGAGCACUGCCCCCCUCCCCAUCCGACCCCCCUCGGGGACCAAGAAGUCUAAGAGGGGCCGUGGGCGCCCAGGGCGCUAGGAGGAUGGGCAGCCGUGAGGGCAAGUGGGGCCCUGGGCCAGUUCCAGGGACCUGGAGGUGUGUCUGGGGUACAGGAGUGAGUGCGUGCGAGAGCGGGUCUCGGUUGGGGUGGCUGUGCCCCUGAACCAUGUUCGUGAAGGGCCACAGGCUCUGGCUGUCAGGGGAGUGGCCUCGCCACCCAGCUGGCCUGCAGUUGAGCUGUGCCCUUGGAGAAUUAAAAUACUGAAUCAUGGCA